CUGCACUAGUUAUGAAGGAGCUUUUGAGAAACAUACACCGCUUGUUUGUAAAGGUCACCCUCUUUCCGAGCACAUUUGGCAGGACGGUGCCUCGGCCCGCUGCCUCAGAGGUGCUCACCUGUCACCUGCUGCAGCGUCGCCUCCCGCCGUGGACCUCCUACUGCGUCCGCUACUCCGCCGUCCACAACGACCAGUUUGGACUGUCCAACUUUAACUGGACAGUUCAGGGCUCCAACUAUCAAAUACUGAGAACAGGCUGCUUCCCCUUUAUCAAAUAUCACUGCACCAAAGCCCCUGCACAGAACCUGGACUUUGAGGACAAGUUUUUCAGCAUGUUGAAGGUUAUUAAUCUAGGUAUCCCAUGUUUGGCCUAUGGUAUUGGUUGCUGGAUGGUGGUGGGCGCUAAAGAAACAGUCCAGACGAGUGUCGGACCCGUCACAGUAUAUUUUGCCUACAAGGAAGACGAAGGUGCACAGUAUUAAACCAUGAACACACACUGCCUUGCCUGAGUUUUCAAGAGGAUAUUGUCUACCUGUAUUUACAACACUUACCCAGGACAUGAUCAGGUGGACCUAUUGAUUGACAGAAGUGCCAUCACGUGUCACUGGUGUAUUGUCUGACUGCACAGGUUCAUUUCUAUUUAAUUAUUUAAGAUUUAAAGUUGCAAUGGAGGAGUCAGUUAUGCAUGUUAUUACACUGACAUACAAUACUGGCAGUGUUUAUUCAGAACGCCAACUUUUCAUUAAAGUUUAAUGAAAAGUUUAGGAUUUCUCUAAGCAUAGACAGUUUGUUUCAAUGCCUUUACCUGUGUGUUUUCACAGCUCUCUCUGUGAAUGUUGAAUUUACCUCCUGUGCAUAUGUAUAAAUUGUAAAAAUGUAUUUUCGUAUAAAAUAAAGUACACAG